GAGAUUUUUGCACAGCUUGUCCACCUUGUUGCUCCUGUGGCAGCUCCAGCAUGCAUGUCAGCCUUCCUGUUGUUUUGAUCUGAACGCAAAUCUCACGUUGAUCUUCUCAUCCAGCAGCUCGAUUAGCGGGAGGACGCAGCCCCAGCCUUCAUUCUGGAGGGAAAGGCCCCAGUUGAGUCCAGGAGGGGGGACGGAGGAGCUGGGGAGGCCAGCUCUCUCAGCCCCAGCCCUGCCGCUCUGCCUGUAGCCCAAACAGAGAGCCCCGGGCCCUGGCAGAGCGAGAGCCUGCUGGCAGAGUCUUGGUCUACGAUGGGCGACGUGGAUCCUGAGGACACGAAGAGCCUGGACAGCAGUGAUGGGGCGGUUCAGACCGGAGAGGAGAACCACUCCUCCAACUCUGACAUGGUCCAUUUGGAGCGAGAGGAGGCUGAAAUGCUCGAGGAGGCGGAGGAGGAGGCAGAGGAGGAGGUGGAGGAAGAGGAUGAGCUGCAGUCCAGCGUGUUGAGCGUUCUGGGUGGAGAGAGGGAGCUGGUUGAGUUGAGGGAGGAGGAGAAGGACCUCCAGGCCCCUGAAACUGAGGGCCUCCUGGUGUCAGCGGAGGAGCCACGAGUAGAGAGGGAGCCUGCAGAGUUCAUGCAGGUGGUCCCUCCAAUGGCUCUGCCUCCUCUACCUAUCGUCAGGCUCCAUCCACCCUCCACAACAUCCACGCCAAUCCCUUCAACCACGACCUCUGAAGCUGAGGAGCCUUACACCUCUGAGGGGCUCCAUCCACCGUUCAUCUUUGCACCGAUGGAAGUCAAGCCGCCGACUGAGAGGCAGGAGCAGCAAAAAUUCUCACAGAUUCCCCUCUCGGAUGUGGAGGAACAUUCUCCCGAGGCGCCUGAAGCAGCGGUAGAAAAGUCGGAGCCCUCACCUCCACCAAAGACUAAAAAACCUUGCAGCUCUACCCAGCUGCUGUUCAGAAACGCUGCAUUAGUGGCUGUAGUAGGAGUUAUAGCAUAUGGCGCAGUAUCCCUCUGCAGGAAGUAGAAACCCUUUCCCCUAUCCCAGAAUCCCUCUCCAACACAGGUCUUUGUUUUUAAUGUAUUCCAAAAGAAAUAUUCCACUUCUGGAUUUUACAACCUUUGUAUUGUACUUCUUAUUAGAUGCAUUAAUUUGAUAUUUUUGGAAUCACUUGUGCUACCUCAGCUCACAGCAGAGCUCAUGGCCUUUGUUCUUUCUGUAUGUAAUAGAUUUCUGAGGAAUUGUAGCCAAUAUUAUGCAAAUCUGGAAUGUAAAAUCAACCUUGUAUGGUACAAUUUUAAAGAAUCCUGAAACUUGUUCUGAGUUUCUUUGUGUCGUUGUGUCUCUUAUAACAUCAUAGAAUUGGAUAACAGUUACACUUGAAAUGCCAUCUGGGGACAAAUAAAGGUUUUUGAAUUUGAA